GAAGCCGAGCGCUGGCGGCUGUCGGGGUGCUCCGCGCCGCGCUGCCCGGGCCACUUCGGAAGCUUGUCCGGGAGCGUCUGUCCGCUGCCCAGAGGGGCGCUCCGCCGGACGGCACUGUCCCGGUGCGCAGCAGCUGGAUGGCGCGGACCCUGAGACCCGACGACAUCAACCCCCGGACGGGGCUGGUGGUGGCUCUGGUCAGCGUCUUUCUGGUGUUCGGCUUCAUGUUCACCGUGUCCGGCAUCAAGGGAGAGACCCUGGGAGACAUCCCGCUGCUGGCCAUCGGGCCGGCCAUCUGCCUGCCGGGCAUCGCCGCCAUUGCCCUCACCAGAAAGACCGACGGCUGCACCAAAUGUCCCGAGAACAUGCGUCCCUGCUGUAAGGAAGUCAAGGACCGCGAUGGCAUGGAGCUGCUAAGGACCCCCUCGGACCUGGAAUCUGGCAAGGGAAGUUGUAACGAGCUGGCCAGGAAAGCGUACCGCAAGGACAGGAGAGGGAUGAGGGCAGAGGACACCGUGUUCAUCUGCACCACCAGCACCGCUGCCGCGGCAGAGGGCGAGAGCCUCACCAAAAAGGUAGAGCAGGAGGAGAUGCUGAAAUACCUGGACAGCUGUUACCCAGAGAUGCCGGAGAACGUGUUCGUGGGAGAUGGUUCCACAUACAGUGCCUUGGAGAAGAAGAGCUCUUCUCCCAGCAGGGACAGCACUCCUUGCCCUGACGUUGAAGAUAACAUUUUUGUGGCUCCUAAAGACAGUAUCAUUGUCUGCUCUUACAAGGAUAACAGCCCUUACGAGAGUUACUGUUGUUAUAUAAACCCCGAUGGAGUCAACACAGACCAGGAGACCAUUGUGUGAUAGAUGCAUACUUUAUAUAUAUGUAUGUGUACAAAAACUGCAACUUCAGCUUCUUGAUAGGGGAUAAUAUAGCUGACUGCAUGGGACAAUCCUGAUAACUAUUUCAAUUUAACGUGGUAUGUGACUGAUACUCAAACCUUUUGUGCCUGAAGUACGCUUUCUGUAAGUAAACAAGCAUGUUUAAAGGUUAAAGAAUUCAAUUCUUCGUUUUGGAAAAAAAAAAAAGAAAUUACUUUUUAAUUUUGUUUUCUUGCUUUCUCUCCCUUUUGUUUCCCUGCUGCCUAUUGUGCCCAAGCCUGUAGGCACACUGGCAGGAGGGCAGAAGUGGCUGUCAGCUGAGAUCUAGAGCUGAAUGAAACUCUGGAGCUGCUGUAGGAAAGAAUGUGGUGCUCUAUAGCUGAAUAAGUUUUUGAAAUCGUGUCACUUCAUUUUGGGAGGGAGUGAGAGAUGUCAGCAUGAACUGCAACAGCUGGCUGAUGUUAGGGAGUAUAGAAGUCAUUUGUCUCCCUUCUUCCUGACAGGAUUUUAUUUUCCUCUCUGUCAAGGAAUAGAUGUCGUGAUCCCCAUGGGCUCUUCUGAGAGUCUCCUGGGAACCAGAUAGGCUCAGCAGAGUUUUCAAAAACUAAUCCAUCAUCAAUAGCAUGAAUUCAGAGUUGUUAGCUUAAUUCUCCACCAGUCUUGAGUUCACUGGAAUGUUUCUAACACUUUUGGAUUUUAGAGGCAUACUCRACAAGGAGAUUGCAACAUGAUCAUGACACAGUUCUUGCAGACACUAGGAGCAGAUGUCAGUGAACUCAGGUCUUUAAAAUAUAUUUCAGUACCUCAAAAAUUGCUUCAGGAAUAGAAUUGUGUGAGUUAUGUUCAGAGUGGGAUCUGACUCUUCUGAAAAUGCCGUUUUCUUGUGCCUUUUCUAAAAUGCCAGAUGUUUCUCUAUGGGGGUUGCAUGGUGACAGUCCACUCAGGGGUCUCAAAGCCAUGCUUUUCUGGAGGAAGGGAACAGAGGACCUGACUGACAGAUGUUUUUUUCACAGCUUAUGGAUAAAUAGCAAGAAAAUGUGAAGCAAGUCAUGAGGAUUAACCAUACAAAUUCAGAGCCUGCAGUUUACAUACAGAAAUGCAUAUCCUGGCUAUUCUGUCCAACACUAAAUUGCAUGUUCCAUGCUGUGCAUAAACAUCUUACCUGGCCUCUGCAAUGUGGGUAACAGGGAUGUGCUAUCACACAAUGUGCAUGCUAAGCAGCUGCUCUAAGUGUUAAAGUCUUAGGGGAAUGGUUGCUAAAGCUUAGAGUAAUUUGCUAACAUCUCACAAAGCCCCAGUUCCUGCAAGGAAACUCCCACAACUCCAGAAAGUUCCUGUGUGUGUUGAAAAGAUGAAAGUGAUGAAUGUCUUAGUAACUGUUCUUACCUACCUGGUUUUUAUCAACCAUAACUUGUACCAGAGAAAUGUGUUGAGUCACCAGAGUAGGAAAUAAGAAAAAAAAAAAGCCUUUCUUUUGUAGCAAUCUCAGAUGUUGUGUAGAAAAUGGAAUUUUUCACUCAAAUGAGGCUUUUCAUGGCCAUGUAAUUGUUUGGGAAGUGAAUGUAAAUUUUAUACAUAUACUUGUGUGUUUGUUUGUUCAGAAACUUAAUGUCAAAUCGUAACAGACAACUAGUAUCUGAAGACAUUUCCAGAAGAAGGAAAUAAUUUUUUACAUUGGAUAGCUUGGUUUCUUCUAGACCAAAUAAGAUGUUAAUACUUUAGCCAGGCUUUGGUAGGGUAUCUGGAUACUAGUAGGACAAAUUCAAAAAACUGUAGCUAGUUUAAGUCAGGCAAAGACUCUGAAUAGGUGGUUAGAGGCAGCUCUGCUGCUCAGGCAUGCAGGCACAGUACUUCACUUUGUACAGCCCAAGCUUUAUCCAGUGAGCAGAGGAAUUCCACUAAAACAGAUCCUCUCCCUGACAUGUUCAACUUCAACAUAAAACACUGUUGUCAGCAGUUGCCUCCUACAGGCUUAGUCACUGCAGGACCUURUUCUGCAAUGUGCAGAGCAGGUCUUUAAUGGCACCAGGAAGUCUUCAUGACUUCUGAACGGCUAACAUACUGCUGAUGCACAGGAUGAUGAGUAGGGUCUUCUGCUUUCUGUUUCUGAAGAAAGCAGGUGAGGGUCUCCUGUGCCACGGGGUGCUGGAGGUCAGACCCACCAUGAGAAAACAGGCUACUGGGUCCUGCCUGCUGCCUUUGACAGGGCUGUGAGUAAUCACUUGCCUUCUGUAAGGGAGCAAACCACCAGCCGGCUGGGAACCUAGAUUUGUACAGUUCUGCAAAUAUGUAUAGGCAAAAGUCAAGUUGUUCCAUUUUGUCUAGGAUUAGAUGUUCUCUGUCAAAAGUUACAUGGUCUUUUUCAAGACAAGACAGCAAACUCUAGUGACAAGUGGAAUAGUAAAUCUGUAACUUGAUGUAUAGACAUGCAGAUCUGAGUCAUAUGCUUUAUUCCAUUCUUAGUGUAAAAACAAAGAGAAUGUUUGUAUUCAAGCAAAGUUUAAUGGGAGUGAAAACUUCCCACAAUAUAGAAAGAUGUAUUAAAAAACRUUUUUAAAAUGUCAUAUUUACAGGCAAUGUCAUCCCUCUAUUCAGCUGAGGUAAGAUUUCUUAAUAAAAUACAAUUGUAGGCAAUAGUUCUAGGCUUAUCAACCAUAAUCCACCAAAGUUGUUUAUUAAAUGUGUGAGAAUUCAGAAUUACAGAAAUAUAUUAGUACUGCCUCUGAAACCUCUUUUUUUUAUUUUUCCUUUCUUUUCUACUAGUUUAGGAGUGAAUGAAAUG